CACUGUCGCUGGACAGAUGCAGCGGAGAAUCUUCCGCGCCAUCUAAGGCCCGGUAGUUUUGCUGGGCAUUCAUGUGACAGCAGAAUAAUGGCGAUGUUUACUGCUAUGACAAUUGUGCCGGGUAUUGUGGGAGGAGGGGUUGAUGCUGUGCGACGGAGCUUGUAUAAGAACGGCGUGUUUGAUCGUGUUGCUGGCGACACCGAUACUGGAUGGCGCGAAAGAAUUCAGCAGAUAAUAUAUAUCUGUUUCCUUCGAAGUAUAGUUUUCAGCAAUAUCUAAGCACCAACUUACAACCACGAACUCUUGCAUUGGAGAGCUUCCGAACACCACGAAACCAACCACGAUGCCGACGCUCAACUUCGUCAUAACCAUCCGCGGGGUCCCGUUCACCAUAACAUUUGGGGAUGUGCUCACCUUCUGCAAAGUCCAUGUCGCCUUCACUGCGGCGCGAGCAUUUGUCCGCCAGCUUUCCGAAAGGCGAUAUAACGAGAGCCUUUGGGUCAUCAUGGAAAUCAUGCUUCUCGUCGACCAGGGAGCCUUGUGGCCGUUGAUUAUGUGGAUGAGUCUGGGCUACCUUUAUGAUUUCGUCUUAGCAUGAUACCAAUUCUGUACUGAUGGAUUGUUUUGUCAUACACUGGCCGGUUGAUCAGCGAGGGACAUGUCUUGAGUUACACUCACAUGCAACGCAGUGUCACCCCUACGGAAGUUCUCAUAUUCCGCGUCGUGAAUACCGCGGGCGGGACAACUGCUAGGAGAGAACAUAUCGAUCGCCCCUGCUCCUUUUGGGCAGGCAGGAGCGACGGGAUCGCUCCUUCCUCUGCUGGUUAUAACCUCAACGACUUGCACGUGGCAGUGAUGUUACGUGUGUGUGGCAUCGUGCCUUCCGUGUUUGGAAACUCAGCAUACUAAUCUAAUCACCAAUGCCGCAGAAUGUCAACACAACCUCAAGCUUCCCCAUUUACCAAGCCUGGCUCUCCGCUACUAUUUGGACUACUGCGACAGACUUGCUCUCCAAAGCCUUUGAUACGAUUUCGACGAUUCAAGUGAUGUUCGAGGUUCUGGUUCCUUAUAUCCUGAUAUACAUUCUUCUCAUACCCCACGACGCUUUAUAUCGCGGACUGGUUCCACCUAUUUUCAUCCUCUUGCUUGGAAUCUCUACAGCGGGCAUUGCUGUUAUCGGCUCUGAAUAUUUCAGGGUUCAAGCUUUUGAGUCCCUCUGCAUCACUCUCUGGGUCAUAAGACUGGCAAUGCAUGAACUUAUAUGACAAGAGGAUCAGGAUCCGAUUCUCACCGCGAAUCUAUGACUGUGUUGCUGGAAUCGAUACAUCCCUGCACUAUAUGGGCUUGGAUACCAGCAAAAGGGGUGUCUCCGAUGAAUAGCUGUGGGCUGGACCCCUUUGUUGAAAGUCACGAUAACACGGGUUCGAAAUGCCAGGCUUCUCCCAUUGUACGAGGCAAGAAGGAGGAUCGAAAGUGGCAAGGAAGGGUUGGUGUCUCUCAAACCUUACUGUUUGAAGUGAAUGGAGAUACCAAUGCUCGUAUAGAAACAGGCCUCAAGGUGAAGGCAGGGCGUCCUGGUGACCGGAAAGAAAGCCUAGUGCAAAUGCGCAUUCGCCUUCUGGAACAGUCUCAAAAAACCCGACAAAACCACAAGCAUACUAUUCCAAAGGGGAGGGAAUUCAUCAGAUCGGGAGACUAUAAUAGCGCUUCGAGCACUGUCACGGGGAGCAAGGCUGACAUGCAGAGACGCGGUGGUAAAGAGACGGAGGGAGAAGAAAUGGGUGAACCACACCCUCAUCUUUCCUCCUGGGGUUCAAAAAGUCUGGGCCUUGCAAAACCUGCCAGUGAUAGCAGUGUAAUAUCUGUCACAAGCCCAAAAGUUAGCUUGGAGAUGCAUGUAGCACCUCGUUCGGCUAAGCUGAAACUUGAGACAGCUGCUGGAUCUGAAUCAGAAGCCCAACAGGAGUCGACCAAAUCUCUGGCAUUCAAAAUACCAUUCUACCAUAGAAAGGAGGCUUCCCGCAAGAGUAUUGCGCCGAUAAUCCGAGAGCGUGUCGAAAUGUUCGAAUCAACCAGAGAGGGCGCAGAUGCUAAUUUGACCGUUUCGGAUGGGCCAUCAGCGUUGUUUAGGGGCCAGAUUAACGACAAGGGCAAGGCUAAACACGCAUCUAACGGAGAAAUAUUUGGGGUUAAAGAGGUGGUGAGAGAGAAGCAAGUCAAGGUUGGACGGAAAAGCCCAGCCACGAACCAACUAAAUAAAACCAUGAGUGCAUUUAGUAAGUGUUUGGCAGAAAGAAAAAGAUCUCGCACAGGCUGCAUGGUGGAUGGAAAAUAUGUGUCUGCCUUUGCCUAUAGGGGAAUGACAAAAGAAACGUCAGCCUCUAAUUCCUGGACCACCGCUACGGAAUCGAGAGAGUCGGAGCCAUCAAGUCCAAAUGAUAAGUCAAUAAUGCAGACAUCAUCGAGGCCAGAAACUCAAGCAAACGGCAUAGCCUCUCGUCAACAACCCCCUUCAAAGCAGCAAUCAAAUCCAUCACGGCUGCCGAUACCGUCAUCAUCAUAUUCCGGGUCAAGGCCGAGUACGCUUUUCGACUGGAGUUAUGGCAGCUAUGAAGCGUCUCCUCUGCCUCUCGCGAUUGGAUCAAUCUCAUCAUCUUCGGAGGAUAGCAUGACACAGCGUCGUGCUCCGACAGAACCCCUACCAGAGGCUAAGAACCUCCGAAUCUCGGAGAUUAUUGCCAUGGCGAAUGGGCCCGAACAGUUUGCCGCUCAUCGGAGGAUUUUGCAAGAACAUCCAGCGAGGCACAACGUGGGGAGGGCAGGGAUAGGAGCAUGGGUGGAUACUGAGAGUAGUAACGACGAGGAUGGGACGCUGAUUAUAAAAAGUGUGGCAAAGUUAAGAGAGCCGAAGCCACUGAGGAUAACGGAGGUGAGUAGCUUGGCGAAGAUUUGCCGUCUCGGGAGGAGUAGGGGGGAUUUGGAGUGAGCGGGGAAUUGAAAGGAGCUAGUUGUAGCUCUGGAAAACUGGGAGGAAUAAGAAGCUAUGCGCUGUCGGGAUAUGGUGGUGUGGAUGAAUACAUCGUUGUCUCUCGAAGCUGUGGGAUGACUCUUAGGUGUGAACUAUCCGAUAUCACGCAUCACGACGACAGCUCAACUGUAUAGGCAGAAAUAUAUAAUAACGAAGGCUUAAACCAUAA